AUGUCAAGAAAAUUGGAUAACGACAACCCUACGAUAUUCGCUCCCACCACUUCAAAAACUUCGAAGCGGAUCCAAAAGGGAAAAGCGAGUUUAUGGUCUCAGGAUGCUUUAUCGGAUGAAGACGAAUUGGGUUAUUCCAGUGGAAGCGGAUCGGGGGAAGAGAGGGAGGACAUAGAUUCUGAAGAGGUUUAUGAUCUUCUACGAUCAAUCACCGAUCCCGAACAUCCCGUAUCACUCGAAGCUUUGAGAGUAGUCAACCAAGAUGAUAUUCACGUAGCAGGUAAUAGAGUGUUGGUAUAUCUCACACCGACCAUCCCACAUUGUUCAAUGUCAACCUUGAUAGGCCUCUCUCUCCGAGUCCGUCUUCUACGAGCUCUACCUCCUCGCUAUCGUGUGGAUAUCCGAAUCAAAUCCGGUACUCAUCAAUCUGAACAUGCGGUGAACAAGCAAUUGAACGAUAAAGAGAGAGUUCAGGCUGCUUUGGAGAAUAAACACCUUUUGAAUGUUGUGGAAGGAUGUCUCAGCACGGCUGAUAAGAGAGGUAGCGCUUAG